AUGUGGUCCAGCAGUCAGUGCUGGUUGACGCCGAAACCUUUGGGAGCUCAGAAUCUGGCACGGCGGCUCUCGGCGCCUCCUCAUGGCGCGCUUUCCAAAAAAUUUCAGAAGAAGCGCAACGGAACGAGCGCGACCAAAUCAGCAUUACAUAAGCACACCUCCACUUUCCUCGCUCACCUCACCUUUCCGACUCCACAUCUUCGAGCCGAGGCUGAGACCGUUUUGGCAGUUGAAAGCCGUCCGCAGCUGGCCCGGGCCAACAGCCAGUGCUCGACACUUGGCUCAUUCUCACCAUCCAGCGGAACUCGAAGAAGAUACUCAAAGAUGGAUCUGGUCCAGCUUGCGCUCAACAAGGUCGGCAUUGCGGCGCCGGACACGCAGACGAUGUCGCUGAUGGGCACGUUGGCGUGCCUGGUCAUCACGGUGCCGCUGGCGAUUGCGUUCCACUUUUCGUCGCGACCGCGCACGCAGCGCAUCAAGAUCUACGAGGAGCGCGUGCUGAUUCUGGGUGCGUCCAACGAGCGCGGCGUGGGCGAGGCGCUGGCGCUGCAGUAUGCACGACGCGGCUGCCGCGACCUCAUCCUCGUCGGACGCAACCUCGAGGGUCUGGAGGCGGUGAAGCGGCGGUGCAUCGAGCAGGCCAAGGAGGGCGAAGAGUACGACAUGUCCGACGAAGCGCCUGGAGACGAAGCCAAGCUGCAGCACGAAACGCGCAUCCACUGCAUCUCGGCGGAUUGCUCGCAGGCAGCCGACGUCGACCGUCUGCGCAAGCAAGUCUCGGCCAAGUUCAAGGGGCUCGAUACGCUGCACAUCUGCUUUGGCGUUUCUGCCCUGCUUCCCCUCCUGGGAGUGGCUGGCGUUGACCCAGUCCGGCCGUCUUCGAAGCAAGACGCCAACAAAGUGUACGCCGACAAGGCAGGCCUCGAGGCAGUGCAACAGGCCGUGACGAGUGCAUCCAACGUCAACGUCGCUGGAACCGCCGUUUGCCUGGCUGCGUUCCUACCCAUGCUGCAGACCACAUCUCGCUUCCCUGCCGCCGUGCUCAUGUCUUCCGCCGCCGCGCUCUUCGCCACACCCACUCGCUCCGUAUACGCCGCGACCAAGUCGGCACAGCUCUCGCUCUUCCGAUCGGUCGCCAUCGAAGCGCAAGCUCACCAAGAAGCCGCCCCUGCUGCGUCGGGUAAGCCUCGCGCCAAUGUGCGCUUCCUCGCCGUGUGUCCGGGCACCAUCUCGUCCAGCUUCCGUCAUUCGGCUGUCGACCUCGAUGCGAGCACCGAGAUGCCGCAGGACCUCGCCUGGGUCAAGGGCGAAAAGAUGCUGUCGGCAGCCAGCGUGGCGGAAAAGACCAUCUUUGCCGUCGAUCGAUACUCGCACGGCACCCUCACCCUACCGCGCUUCUACGCCUUCGCCACCUGGAUCGACAAGAUCUUCCCCGGCUUCAUCGCCAAACAGGCACGCAAGAAGUACGCCUACUAG